AUGUUACAGCGGUAUCAUCGAGCAUCAGCCGUCGGUUCUGCUAUUGUUCUUCCCACGCAAUGUUUCCAUUUUACGACAGAUACCGAUUCAACGCGUCUUUAUACCAAUCCAUCAUCUUGUUGCACAGCAGAUCAUAGUCUAGCAGCCGGAUGGUAUCGAUUUACGGGAGGUGAUGGUACACGACUUGUUACAAUACCUCUAACUACAACCGGCAGAUGUGGUAGCUCUUAUCCAGGCUGGUGGAAUGGUACACUACCAAUAAUGGCAGGUGCAACUACCGUGGAAAAUAUUUGUUUUUAUACUGGUGAUUCAUGUAGCAAUCAAUUUCACCAAUAA